AUGACAUUGUCGCGGACCGAUAGCGCUUACCAGGGUGCCACGAUUUGUGGGCUUAAAGAACUUAGCGCUGUGACAAGUGAUAUUAGGGGCCGAAGGUUAGGCCAAGCCAUGGCUAGUGGGAAAAACUCGCAGGCUAGUGCUGUUGAAGAGGCUCGAUCGGGAGCGGACUCGUGA